AUGAAUAAAACCCGACGACGAAAGUAUGCGCUGAUAUGGUGGAUCGACUCCGGAGAAACUGAUGUCGUACCUCUGUUAAAUAUACCGAAGCAACACCGUCAAUUACACUCAGAAGGAACAGUAGUAUGGAAAGACCAUAUUACCAAGCAAUCAUCUAAGUCGAAGAUGAAAAAUCAGAAUCAGCUUACUGAUUUGACUAACUGUGCAUCAACUUCAUUAACAUCUUUUAAUGUAAUGCCUUCAAGUCAAUUAUUGUAUCCUCCAAUGCAAAAAAAUAAUCAUUUUACCUUUGCAAGAAGUAGUAUUUCACAUCAACUUAACAUUGAUGAGCCAGCAAUUUACGAGUUUCCAUUUACCGUUCCAGCAACACCUGUUAUUGAAGUUAUAAACAUGCAAAACUUCAAUCAGUCUACAACAAGUCAAAACGCAGAAACAAUAUCUAGUAACAUGAAAGAGUGCAGGAUAAAUGCGAAUAAUCCAAGUCUAGUAACUCCAGCUCAUUCUAAUUUGUCACAACCGGAUUCUAUUCAAGAAGCACCUGAGAUGAUAAGCUCAUUCAAUAAACUAAUUCCAGAAAAAAUUACGUUAGGUGUCGUUGAAUUUGUGGAGGCACUUGCGAUAAAUUUAAGACAUCAAUAUAAUAAAGACGUUAAAGAAAAUGAUAACAGAUCAAAAGAAACAGGAUUUGUGAGAGAACUAUCACCAGGAUCAGGUUUUUACAUUGAUAAAAAUACGAUUUUAAAUAUUGAAGAAAAAUGUAAUCAAGAUUGGCACAAAAUUGUGGUAGAAACUAUAGAUGAAGUUUACGGCAAGGAAAUAAAAAACUUUACUGCUAUUGGACGAAAUUCUCAAACACGCAGAGGAAUUAACAAAAAAUUAUAUAAAGGCCUCUACAAUUGGGUGAAAAAAAUCGAUCAGUCAGUGACUCCAGAUAAAUUUAUAAAGAAAAUAAAUGACAUUGCGAGAAACGAGCGGAAAGUAAAAGAUAAAACUAAAGCUAAGAAUAUAAGGACAAAUAAGAGACAGUACCGCAAAAUUAUCGCUAAUGAGGAUAAAACUGACAAAGAUGAUGAAGAUGAUGAAUAUGAAGAAGAUGAUGAAGAUGAUGAAGAUCAGGAAGAUAAUGAGGAUGGUAAGGAUGAUGAAGAUAAUGCAGAUGAUGAACAUGAUGACAAAAAUGAAAAAGAAAUGGAUACUCUUCAUGAAAAUGAAGAACAAAGAAACUUAACAAGUGACUCCGAAGCAAGUUUUCAAUUAAUUUAUUGA